AUGAAACAGCCAGAUGACUGCUACUUCUACUAUUAUUCCAACUGUUCAAAAGGAGCUGAGUGCAAGUUCAGACACGAGGAGGCAGCCCGUGGCAGCGAGGUCACCUGCAGACUGUGGAAGGAGGGAAAGUGUUUUCACCAGGGAUGUACCUUCAGGCAUAUGAUUAUUCAGAAAGAUCGAUCGCAGAUUCCGUGUUACUGGCAGAGUCAGCCCAGUGGUUGUCAGAAACAGCACUGCCCUUUCCUGCAU